GGGGCGUGGCUGCCAUUGCGGGUGACCAUUUAAAGCGUCUUACCCGUGGAGGGCGGCGGCGAGGGCGAGGGCGAGGUGGGGGACGAGGGCGAGGAGAUGUGGAGGGAGGAGGAGGGCCGCGGAGGACGAGGCUGCGUUGCGGAGGAGGACAGAGAUGAGGACAGUCAAGGCGGCAACAGUGACGACGAGAUAGCUGAGCUCCGCAUCCAGGCACUGCUGAGCAAGCGAGUCAAUGAAGCUGAGGUGUCCCCAGCACGUGAUCCACCCCAGGACAUCAAACGCCACAACAUCAACAAGCCUCUGCCCACUGGACGGCCCCAGGGAUUCCGGCCUCAGAAUUAUGGGAAGAGCCACCCCAUGGGCAACAAUAUAACCACCAUCCCAGUACUUGGUGCCCAAAACUACAAUCGGAACUUUCCACCACAUUAUAACAGGAACCAGGAGGGACAUUACUUCCAGGGUGGUGAGGAACACUACUACCGGGGUGGUCGUGGGCAAGGCAGGGGCAGGCGGGGGUGGGGUAACAGGCAGGGUCGAGGGGGAAGGGGCGGUAACCAAGGCUACGGUGCCCCAGCCUCCCAGCCUAUGCACGGUAAAUCUUCUGUGAGUCAGCUCGUCCUGCCACAAGACAAAUACUCAGCUAAAGCCUCUCCCGAACCCAGCAAAACAAAAGAAAAGAUGAGUGCGAGGUGGCAGAGGAUUCAGCGCUCAGACAGUGAGAGUGAGAGUGAGGACAGUGAGUCAGACAGCAGUGACAGUAGCAGUGACAGCUCAGGCAGCAGCAGUGGUAGCAGUAGUGGCAGCUCCAGCGGCUCUGAGUCUGAGAGUGAGACCAGCUCAGUCGAGAAGCGGAAGAACAACAAGGAUGCCAAGAGGGACCCAGCUGUCGAGAGGAAGGCUGGGCCGCCACCAGGGGGCAGCGCCCGGCAGAGGCAGCAGUCCUCCAAGGGGCCUCAGGGCAAGUCUCCCACCCCUGGCCAAGACCUGAGGCCCUCACCCCUCAAGGCUCCUCCCACAGGCAGGAGAGGUUCAAUCAGCCCCCCCAAGAAAUACCCCUUCCCAGGCCAGGUGUCCCCACGCUCCUCCCUCAAGCGCCGCCCCUCUGCCAGUCCCCCCGGCCACAGGUCCUCCUGGGCUCCCCCUGGGUCCAAGGGGCCCUUUCAUCAGCAGGGUUCCCGCAGUCCCCUUCCUGGCAGAGGGCCUCAAAAGAGUCCUGGCCGUGCCGGGUCCAGGAGUCCCACAGGAAGAAGGUCAAGGAGUCCUCUUUCUUGGGCUAAGUCGAGGGGGCUGCAGCGAGGCUCCAGGAGUCCUCUCCCCAGACUCAGGUCCAGGAGUCCCUACCCCAGAAGAGGCUCUCGGAGUCCCAUCUUGAGGCGUGGCUCCAGGACCCCGCCGCCAAGAAGACUGUCAAGGAGUCCCCCACCCAGGGGCUCCCGCAGCCCCUACACCAGGCGGGGCAGCCGCAGCCCUUACACGAGGAGAAGUUCUCGCAGCCCCCCACCCAGGAGGACGUCUCGUAGCCCCCUUCCAAGGAGGUCCUCUCGUAGCCCCCUCCCCAGGAGGCUAUCCAGGAGUCCCCAUCCCCUGAGGCGAGGCUCACGCAGCCCCCUGCCGAGGCGAGGCUCCAGAAGUCCAUUCCCCAGAAGAUUCUCCAGUCGGAGCCCACCACCCAGGAGGGGGUCUCGCAGCCCCUUGCCCAGGCACAGCACAAGCAGGAGUCCGGGCCCUCGGAGGGGCUCUCGUAGCCCGGGUGGGAGGCUGCUCCCCAGGAGUGAUUCACGCAGGUUGUCCCGAAGUCCAGUGAGAGGGAGGCUGAAGAGCCCCUACAGAGGCAGGAGCCGGAGCCCACUGCCCAGAGGAAGGAGUCGCAGCCCUGGCUCCCGGGGCAAGUCCAGGAGUCCAGCCUUGCGGAGGAGCCCCCUCCCCAGGCGGGGCUCCAGGAGUCCUCUGCUGCACCGAAUGUCUCGCAGCCCCGGCUACCACAAAGGCUCGCGGAGUCCACUCCCUCUCCGUAGAGGAUCACGUAGCCCAGGACUCCGCAGGGGAUCAAGGAGUCCUUUGCCACACAGGAUAUCCAGGAGUCCUCUGGGAAGGAGGCACUCAAGGAGCCCCUUCAGGAAGCACUCGAGGAGCCCCCUCAGGAAGCUUUCCAGGACUCCUCUCAGAAACCAUUCCCGCAGCCCCCUGUCGCGCCGGGAACCCCUGCCCCACAAGCUCUCCAAGUCUCCGCCCCCACACGGCACUAAGAGCCCUCUGCGCAGGCUGUCCCGCAGCCCCUUUCACCGCAGGCUGUCCAGGAGUCCCCACAGGCAGUUGUCCCGCAGCCCCCAUGGCCGCAGGUAUUCUAGCAGGAGUCCCCCACCCCGGCGGGUGUCCCACAGUCCCAGGCCACCCCUCAGGACCCAGCGGGGCUCCCCACUACAGAGGUUCUCCCGCAGUCCCCCUCUCCAUCCCCUCUCCAGGAGUCCUGGCCCACGUCGCCUCUCCAGGAGUCCUCUGCCCCCUCGCAGGAUGUCCAAGAGUCCUCCCGGCCACCUUCUGCCCAGGAGUCCGAUCCUCCGCCGACACUCCAAGAGUCCCCUGGCCAUGGGGAGGCCAAGGAACCUUUCCCCACACCACCCUAGAAGUCCCAGCCCCAGGAGGCUACUCAGAAGCCCCCCCCCAGCCUCCCACAGGUCCCACAGCUCUGAGCGCAGGCUUCCUCACUUCGCCCGGAGUCCAGGGCUGGAGAGGAAGAACACACUUGGUCCUGGCUUCAGAAGCUCCAAGAGUCCCGGGCCAGGGAGAGGACCGCCCAUCUCCCUGCGGAGCCACAGUCCUCUGCCACGGUCCCCCAGCCCUGGCAUAAGGAGGGACUGGAACCAGCGGGGUGGCAGGCGGUCAAGGUCACCUCCAGGCACCUUCAGGCGGUCCCUCAGUCCCUAUGGCCGGCCUGCACGAAGCAUGUCUCCGCGGUCCCGCAUGGAGGGCAUGCCCCCACCCCUCCUGGAGCGCUCUCCCAGGGGCACCUUCCACCGGCCCGGGUACGGCCGCCCCGGAGGGGAGGGAAACCUUCAAGGGGAUAGGUUCUCACCCUCUGGCAUCAUGGUUCAGGACGGACGCCCCCAUGGGUUCCCCAACGACUUCGACCACUUCCCUGGCCACAGGCCACCUUCACAGGGGCCCAUAAAUGGGGGACAACACUUCCAGGAGUUCAACAAGUCCGGCCCACCAGGUGGCCCGCCCUGGCCGCCCGCUGGGAGGAGGGAUGCCAGGGACCAAUUCUCCCCUGAGAGGCUCCUCCCAGACGCUGCCUGGCAGGGCCACUUCCACCAGCGGGACAGACCUGAGCCACACCUCUACCCUCACCCAGACCACCACUUUGGCAGGGACCAGCCAUUUGGGUCCCCGGGCAGAGGUCGCCAAGGGCCCGGGGGCUUGCUGCCGCAUGGGCGGGGUGGGCUGGGGCCCAUGCACGGCCCCAGACGAGGGUCUCCACCGCGGCGAGGGCGGUCUCCCCAGUCCCUUCUAGAGCCUUCUGACAGGUUUGGUUGGGACCAUCCUGCUCCCGGUGCUGCUCGCCACCAGAUGUCACCGCCUCGGCCCCUCUUGCGGCCGCGCUCACGCUCCGGCUCACCAUUCUCCGGACGCCAGCAGCCCUUCCCACCUGGUGGGAGAGGAGGCCAGAUGUCCCCUCGAGGCAGAGGCAGUGCCAUGAUGGGGAGCCGCCGGGGCCCCAGGACGCCCCCGAUGCCUGGCAGGAAGCUGUCACCUCCCCAUCCUGGCCCCAGGGAAGGACUCAGAUCACCCCGAGGACCCUCCUACCAGGAUGCCAACAAGGCCCCGGGCAUGCCUCAGAGGCCAGUUCCUCUGCUUCCACUCCCUCAUGAAAGAACACAGCAGAUGCGUGGUGGCCCUGGCCAGCCCCAACAGAUUCGUGGUGGCCCUGGCCAACCCCAACAGAUGCGAGGUGGCCCUGGCCAGCCCUUACAAGGCCGUGGUGGCCCUGGCCAGCCCUUACAAGGCCGUGGUGGCCCUGGCCAGCCCUUACAAGGCCGUGGUGGCCCUGGCCAGUCCUUACAAGCCCGUGGGGGUCCUGGCCAGCCCUUACAGGCUCGUGGUGGCCCUGGGCAGCCCCCACAGGGCUCCAAUCCUCCUUCAGGAAUGCGGCCUCAGGACGCGGCACUCCACAAGCAGCGUCCCCAGCCCCCAAGGGCACGGUCACCCCUCCUUGGGAAGAGAGAGGGCAAGCCAGCAGAGGAGGUCCGAGAAAGGCUGCGAGAGGAGCCAGGCGGCCAGCCUCAGCUUGACAAGCGAGACGGCCGCCGACACGAAUCUCCAAGAAGGAUGGACAACAAGCAGAGGUCACCAGCCAGAGACAAAGGCCUCGGGAGACCCCGAGAGGCCAGGAAUGGGGAAGGUUCCUCCUCUAGGGGGAGAGGUAGCAGGAGUGGAAGGAGUCCCCCCAGCAAGACUCGGAAGCCUGCCGGGACAAAGGUGGAAUCCGUCAGCAGCCGGCACCAGUCCAGGAGCCCCGGGGCCAAGGACCGAGUGGCCUCCUCCUCCUCCUCAUGGGAGAGAAAAGAGUCUGGCCGGAACUCCCGAACAGGCAAACCAAGUAAAGGUGAAGGGAAAGCAGGCCAAGGCCAAUCACCUCUCAGAGAAGGGCGCAAUGGCAGCCCCUGGCUUGACCCCGUCACCCCGGAGAAGCAAGACCAGAACAGUGGAGACCGCCCCAUCGCAGACUCUGGGGGGCGGGAGAGCGAGGACAGGCUGAAGCAGGAGGAGACCAAAAAGAUUGAGACCUCCGAACCAACCACAGGAAAGGACAAGACAGAGAAAGUCAAAGAAGAAAAGGGGAAAAUACCACAAGUAGACCAACUGAAGCACCAACCACAGCACAAGCAGCAGCAGGAGAAACAGGACAAGCAGGAGAAGCAGCAACAAACAGCAGUCAAGCAGGAAAACAAGGUGAUGGAGGAGGAGAAAAAACAUGACGCUCAACGGCGAAAGAUGGAGAGCGGCAAGCCAUCCUCCCAGCCUUCCCAGGAGCCCCAAAGAUCCUCUCAGAAACCCUCCGCUGCACCCUCCAAGGAGGCGGAAGAUAAAAAAAUCAAGAAGGAAGAGAAAAUAAAAGACGAUGUGGAUGAUAGGCGGAAAAAGAAGAAAAAGAAGAAGAGCAGAGAUGACGACGACGAGAAGGAUUCCGUCAAGAGUAAGUCCAGCAAGAAGAAGAAAAAGGAAAAGAAGAAGAAGAAAGACAGUAAAAAGAAGAAGAAAAAGCACAAGAAGGCGGACACUGACACUGACGAGGAAGAGGAGGAGAAGCAGCCAGCACGCACAAAGAGUCCCAAGGAAGGGAAGAAGAACAGCAUAGACACAACAGACCUGCGGCACAUGCUGAAGCGCAAGGCCACCACCGACACCUCCCUGGAGCGGAGAAGCAGCAGCGGCAAGGGCGGCAGCGGCAGUGGCAGCGGCGGCGGCGGCGGCGACAGCAGGGAGAGAGAGGGGGACAACAAGCGGCGCAGGAAGGAGAGAGAGGACAACCCCCCGAGGCAGGUCACCACUGGCAAGGGCAGACAAGCUGACAACAAGAGGAAGAAGCAGCACGAAGGGAAGCCUCUCCUGGUGACUGUCGGGUCUGGCGAGGACAGACAGGUCACCUCCGGCAAGAACUCAUCAGAGCCAAGGGGCUCUGACAGUAAAGGCUCCCAGCGCUUGUCUGUCCAUCUUCGUCUUGGCCCAGCAAAGAGCUCCUGGGAUGAGAAGAAAUCUGCCAGCAGUGCCCGAGGGAGCGGCGGCGGCAGCAGCGGUGGUGGGGGUGGCAGCGGAGGCAGGAACAGGAGGCGAGACAAGUCAAAGGGCCGACAUGGCAGUGGUGGUGGUGGAGGCACCGGCAGCAACAGAAUCAAGUUGAGGCGAUGAUGAAGGGGUGACUUUUCUGUCAGCUUGGGAUGCAGGUAACGUCUCCUUGGUCUACUCCUCCUCCUCCCCCUCCUACUCCUCCUCCUACUCCUCCUCCUCCUCCUCCUGCCCUCCCUAGUGACUCAGGUCAAGGGGGCGAGUUCUAUGCGGCAUGGUGUUUGGUGAGGUUCUGGAUAUAGACAGAGAGACAGAUGUGAGGGUAGGGAGGUAGGCUGGGGAGUGGCAUUGUCCUGUAUAUAUGAUGAGUGUUAGCUGUUGUUUAGGAGAGUUAACAAGUGCACUACACCACACUUUUCAGUGGUAAUGAUUUAACUUUUCAUUUUGUUUUACAGCUAACUUGUCAAUGUAAAUAAUAACUCGUCACUGAAUAAUACUUCAUCACAUAACUCAAGUCUUUCAACUGUCUGUGAUAUAUUAGUGAUAAAGUAGUUUAGUAAAGUUAUACAUUUUAAGGUAUGGUAUGUUGACACAGGUGAUACUUGAAGCCCAAGAUAUCAGAUAUGCUUAAUAUAUCUCAGGAACUAGGUAAUAAUUAGUGUUAGUUUUUAAUGAGGCAGGCUUUACUUUAUAUUUUGAGGGCAGUGUUUAGCAUUGUGUGUGUGUCUGUGUCAGUGCAGUGUUCCAGGGACUCACACAUUCAUUUUCAGCAAAUUUUCAGGGUUUCUACAAAUAUGGAAAGCAUGUUUUAAUGUUCUGAAGCCUUUAGCCAAGUAUGAAUGUCUGCCUAACAUCAGCCAGCACAUUGACAUCAGGAAAACAACAUAAUGCAACUCAAGUAAAUCAUAGUAUGGAAAACUCUUCUCGGUUGGAAUGCAAAGUGUUUUGAAAAGCAUCAAAGUUUCUCACUCAAUCAUUGUUUGAAAAAGAAAAUAUUGUGUAGUGUGAGUUGUGCAUUUAAUUUGCAUCGCAUCUUAUAGUUCCACCUUUCUCGGCUUGAAUUAUGCACAAGGUGUAAAAGAAAGAAAUUUGAAAUUAUGUGAAAAUCAUCCCUGUGAUUGAAGUUCAGUGCGUGUCAGCAAAACAUCAGCAAGAAUAUUCUGCCAAGAAAGUGAGGUGAAGAAAGGUAAAGAAUUUUUUUUUGUUGGCUUGGAUCAGUGAUGAAGUGAAGAGCUUUGCAAGGCUGGCUGGCAACGCUUCCGGAAGAUUCUUUCCAUCAACCCAUCACACUUGUUAUAUUAGGCAGUUCAUUUGAGGGGUCCUCCGUGUUUUAAGGGGUGGGGGGCGAGGGAUAUGUUACUGUGUGUACAAAGACUACAAAUGAACAUUUUUAAGCUUUAACGUGACAUGACGAGUGAAACAAAAAAUUGUUUCCGUAACCAUGUUACAAAAUGUAGAAAAUACAAUUUAUACUGUAUUAAAAUUUUCUUGGAUGGCAGCUUGCCAUUCAUGUGGGUUUUAAAAUGCAAUUCAAAACAAAUUUGCUCAAAGUACUUUUGUAAUUUAUUCUAAGGAGUUAAUAUUUCUUAUUCAUGCGUAUUUAUAUCAGUUUCAUUGAUGUAUGUCAUUAAAUCUUACAGGAAGUGUGGCAUGAGUAGAUUGAUACUGUUGUUGAGUUAUUUUAUAUUUAUUAUAAUUUAUUUUUGUUUAUUCUGAAUCAGAAAUGUACUCGUGGUUGUUGAUUUAACUUGUUCUCUGCUGAAUGAACAUGGGACAUUUAUAUGUUUAUUUUAUUUUAUUUAUUUAUAUAUUUAUUUAUUUAUUAUUUUUAUAAGAUUUUAGAUCAGUGUGUUACGGCCUUUGCAUAGAGAUUUGCAGCUGGGAGCAACACUUUUUAUAGUCCAUUCCCCUCAUCUGGAUCCCGGGCUCCUCACCCAGCAAGUCUGGACACCUCUGAUUGGCUGCUGGCAAGCAGGGUGUCUGACAUCCCUGCCGGCCAGCACACUAGCAUAGGUUCAGAAAAUAUUUAGAUUACUUUACAUGGGUCAUCUGUUACACAGAAUUGGUAAAUUUUGUUGACCAUUAGAUCAAACAGUGAAUUUGCAACUAUAACAUGAUUUUUUAAACUUGAUAGGGUAAAAACAAAGUAUUUAUGGUGAGUGGAAGUCAAAGAGUGACAUUCAAUGUAUUUAGCACCUUAUAAUUAUUAUCAAUAUUUGCAUCAAUUAUGGAGCCACUUUUAGAUUAAAAUGUUUGUUCUAGUACAUAAAAUCCUCCUGAAUAUAGGUACUUUCAGAUAUUAGAUAAAGUGCAAUGUAAGAAGAGACAAGGAAGACUUUGUGAAGAUAGGUUUGAAUAUUAAAUGUUGUUUCUUGACGUACUCACCAUAAUUACUUUUUUCUACUCAGCAGUUUUGAAACUUAUGCCGUAGUUUUAUAAUCACUGCUUCAUCUAAUGUCAAAAAUAUUGCAAUCUUGUGUAUCAAACAAGCCAAGUAAAGAAAUAUGCAUACUUUCUGAUCCUCGGCUACAGUGUUGUGCGACAGAUGUCAGACACCUGGCACCCAACAGCCAUCAGCAGUGCCCUUACCUACUCGUCUAGGAAUCCAGCCACUGCUGGGAAUGGAUUAUAGUAUUGAUUGGGUCUUGUUUCAUGAUUUUGAUCUAUUUAUCUGUUUUCCAUAGAUUAACUUUCAGCCUUCCAGUGAGUAUCAAAUGGCAAACAAAAUAAUAUGGGUUAAUUAAUUUGAGUAUUGAUUUGUAAAAUUGUCCGUUCCUUUUAAAAAUUGUGAGAGUAAACAACACUUGAGUCUCCAAAUAAUAGCAAUAUGUUUAUCUCCUGAGUGUGUGCAACAUUAUUCCAGUAUAACUCAAAGUUCAGAGGUGUUCUUUUAAAAGACUAUUGUGAUAAUGUAUUGAUAUUAUAAGUAACGCAAGUUCUCGUAAUUACAUGUCAUAGAUCUGUACUUAUGAUGAAAAUAAUUUUUUCCAUCACUAAUUUCCUGAAAACAUUAAAGUUCAGUGCGAACUCUCAUACACUUAUUGUGUAAAGUACUACACAUUUGUAUAUAUUCAGGUCAAACCAGGACUGUUGUCUGCAGGCCACAUGAAGUGAUUUGUAAACAAUAGUUACAACAAAUGGUUGUUGCUUCAUUUAGUUAUUGUUUGAAGACACGCUUUAAUUUCUAUUAUUGACAAUUUCACCCUAAAAUUUCAUGCAGUAGACACUGGAUAUAAUGGGGCAUAAGACCCAGACAUGUUUGUGUUGUACAAAAUUGCACAAAAUAAGUACAUAAAAUCAGUUGGGAUUAACAGAUUCAGCAGUGUGUAUAUUGGCAAUAAUGUAUGCAGCAGAGGAUAUUAACACAUUAUAACUACAUGCAGCAAUUGAUACGAUCCUGGUACUAUUGGUAAAUGUGUGGGUAAAUUUUGUGUAUACAAUAGCAUUUUACUACACACUGGAAACUUACAGUAAUUAACAUGCCUUUGAUGCUGCGUAGUAAAAAAAAUGUGUAAAUAUCACAUUAUAUCCGGUGCUUAUUGCAAUUUGGCAUUAUUGAAUUAAAUUCUUAAGAAUUAAAGUUCUCCAAUAUUUUUUUAAUCAUAAACAUAUAAGUUUACUUCCUACUGAACUACUGCUUGUUCUGUUCUCCAUCUUCUUAGUAACCCUGUGCAGUAGGCUCAGCAGGGUUGGCAACUGUGAUUCCUUAUAACAGCUAGUUAGUAGACAAGAGUCUGAUUGCCUGAUUAGAGGCUCUGCUCUUGAUAAUAUUUCAGAGGCUUAGGUGAGUCUGUUUGCUUAAAACAGUCUCAAACAGCUAGACAAGUAAGUUCUGGCAAGAACAUUCAUAAGAACAUUCAUCAGUUUUCAUGCAGAAUUAUUACAGUAGAAGAUUGAGUGUGAGUGAAGUCAAGUGAAAUCAGUUUUUCAGUAUUUAAAUUUCUGGUGUUUAAUGGAAAUGUUUAGUAGAAAGUUUCUAAAUUGCAUGCAUGACAGCAGGCUUUAUUGGUCACACAACAGCAAAUAUAUAUAUAUAUAUAUAUAUAUAUAUAUAUAUAUAUAUAUAUAUAUAUAUAUAUAUAUAUAUAUAUAUAUAUAUAUAUAUAUAUAUAUAUAUAUAUAUAUAUA